AUGUUAUCUUAUGGAAGCAACAGCACAUACCGUACUCAGACCAAAAAGGACUCCGGGUCCUCCGCGGAGUAUGAGGAGUCCUGGACGUUCGAGACAGAAGGCACCGAAACCGAGAUCAAAAUUACAGUCAAGGACAACCGGGCGCUCAUGCCCGAUGAAACUUUGGCCACCGCAACGAUCAAGUUCGAACAGUACUCCGGCUACCACUUCAACGGAGACCUUGGUCUCAUCGACAAGUCCCACGGCCGCAGUCCCUCGGUCAAGCUCACGAUCAAAUGCGACUAA